GCCAGCGCUAGGAAUACGGCCAUUUUGUGUAAAUGAGCGCUCUCCGCUCCGCUCCGCUCUACGGAGAAUUUGUGCGUUUGCGGGGGUUUGCGGUCGGGACGAGUGGGAAACACACUGGUGAAUGAUUUGGUUUUUGCGUUAAACGGAACGAUCUCGUCGACGUGUUACAUGCGCUAGCGAAAGUGUACAAAGGAUCAUUUAUCCCGUGUGAAUACUCGUACAAGACCACCCCCCGGGAACAGGUACGAUGGAGGAGAAGGCGUCGUUGAAGGAACUCGACCAGUGGAUAGAACAAUUAAACGAUUGCAAACAACUAACGGAAAGCCAAGUGAAAACGCUCUGCGAUAAGGCGAAAGAAAUUUUAGCUAAGGAAUCAAAUGUACAAGAAGUAAAAUGUCCCGUAACAGUAUGUGGGGAUGUACAUGGACAGUUCCACGACUUGAUGGAAUUGUUCAGAAUAGGUGGCAAAUCACCUGAUACAAACUAUCUUUUUAUGGGUGAUUACGUUGAUCGUGGCUAUUAUUCAGUAGAAACUGUCACUCUGCUUGUAGCUCUUAAGGUGAGAUACCGAGAAAGAAUAACUAUUCUUCGAGGCAACCACGAGUCCAGACAAAUCACACAAGUGUACGGAUUCUAUGACGAGUGCUUACGAAAAUACGGCAACGCCAACGUAUGGAAGUUCUUUACGGAUCUGUUCGAUUAUUUACCACUAACGGCACUGGUUGAUGGUCAAAUAUUUUGUUUGCAUGGUGGUCUAUCACCUUCAAUUGAUACUUUAGAUCACAUACGUGCCCUGGAUCGUCUUCAGGAAGUUCCACAUGAAGGUCCUAUGUGCGAUUUGCUCUGGUCAGAUCCAGAUGACAGAGGAGGGUGGGGUAUUUCGCCCCGCGGAGCAGGGUACACAUUUGGUCAAGAUAUAUCAGAAACCUUUAACCACUCCAAUGGACUAACACUUGUGUCACGAGCUCAUCAAUUAGUGAUGGAAGGUUACAAUUGGUGUCAUGACCGCAAUGUUGUGACUAUAUUCUCUGCACCUAAUUAUUGUUAUCGUUGCGGAAAUCAAGCUGCUAUCAUGGAACUGGAUGAUGCUUUAAAAUAUUCAUUCCUACAAUUUGACCCAGCACCAAGACGUGGAGAACCACAUGUUACCAGGCGAACGCCAGACUAUUUCCUCUAAGAAGUUAGACUUUAAGGCUAGGUGUCAAGGUAGGGGAAAUGGAAAACUUCGCGAUCCUGACUUUAUAGUGACGCCAGACACACUUACUUAUAAACCAUCGCUAUAAAUGAGUGUGAGGCUUGAGAAGUCCUUGCAUACCACGUAUAGGCCCAAGUAUUAUAUCACGGCUCAUAUUGUGGUCUCAUUGAAAAAUAGAAUAGAUUUACACGCACGUUCCGUGCGUGCCUUACACGAUACAUGUAGACACAUUACUUGUACACUAAACGAAAAAAAAAAAAAAGAAAGGAAUACAAUAAUGUAUACACGUAUCGAUUAUUAAAUCCACCUGUAGCAUUGAGUUUUACAACUUUUAUUAUAUCUGCUUGUAUUUUUAUUAUAAAGAAACUGAAUAUAUAUACGAUAAUGCACACUUUCGCGCGCAAUAGAUAAAAGCGAUUACUUUGUAAUCUUCAAUGAAAAAUAUUAAAACUCAUGGAGAGAAAUUUAUAUAAGCGAAACUAUACAUCUCUCUCUCUCGUAUAUUCUAAACGAUGCGCUAAAUUAAAUUGUCAUGCAAGGUUUCCAGAAAAAAAAAAAACAAAAAUAUACCAAACUGGUCAUAAUUUAUAUGUAAGAAAGUGUCACUUUAUUAUUAUUAUUGGUAUGAAUGGAUGUUCCACUUGAAAGAAGUGCAAGGUGAGUUGAUGCAACUGUAGAUUGGCGUAUAUAAAUUGUGUUAUUAUUAUUCAAACAAAUAUAAAUUUCCGAAUACAAGCCUCAACACACUUAUGUUUAUCAGAAUUAUGAGAGUAAUGGUUAUUUUGGAAGUUCGUGUCAUCACUCUUGUGCGCAAUACAUACAUUAUUUCGAAACAAAUUAAUACUUUUAAGUAAAUAAUUUAUGUGUGCGUGUGUAUGCAUGUGCAUAUGUGUAUAUAUAAUCUUCAAAAUAGGGAAUGAAACAUUUUUCUUUCUCAUCGUUGAUACGUCGCGCUUUUUAUUAACUUUUUAACCAAACCAUCCUUGUGGAAGAGUAAAGGUUUUUGUAUCGAAAUCGCCAAGAAUAAUAACAUCCAUGUUUAAAAUAUUUUUGGAUUCUUUAUUUAAGAACAAAAUGAUCAUAUAUUUAGCUUUAUAUGCAUUAAAAAAAAGUGAAUGAAUUUAGGUAAGAAGUAGUUUUCUAUUAACUAUGCAUUUUUGCAGUUUAAUUAUAAUAUAUAUUGAAUCCUAUAUAUAUAUACAUUUUGUAUAAUUAAUAUAGAUUGCAAUUUAUGUAUAUUCGGCGAUGAUGAUUAUAAAAAAAAACUCACACUUUUGCAUUAAUUCCAUUUGCCUUCUACAGUGAAACGCAUACUUUAUAUCGAAUGAAUCUACGCAUUUGAGAUGGAUAAAGUAAAGAAAAAAAACACAAAAAAAAAUCAGACAAACACAAACUGAUUGCUUUAUACCUACCGACGAUCUUUUUACUAAUUACUAGAUAUACAAUGAAUGCUUUUCUGGUAAAUAAACAUGUGUAAAACAAGUUAAAACGAUCUUAAAAACGUCAAAACCUUGUGUCAAACUGCUUCGUACUCGUUGAAUGCGAAAGUAUUGUACACAAUGAACGAGCCGAAAAACGCGUACCGAACUCAUUUAUAUAUAAGAGCAACAAAAAAAAAAAAAAAAAAAAUAUCGCAGCAAUUCUAACAUGACGCAUUAUGUAAAACAGUAGCGAGACGAUAACGAAAAAACGAAAAAAAAAAAAAAAA